AUGAGCAUUUCUCCCCACAGCUUUUACAUACAUUUGCUCAGACACGUUUGGUUUCAGAUUGAGUGUGAGACAGUUACUGAAGGUGAGAAAGACACCUUGAAGCCGUGGAAAUUCAAGGUUUCGUAUGACAAGUUGGUCUUUGGAUGUGGAGCUGAGGCAUCGACUUUCGGUAUACGUGGUGUUACUGAACAUGCAACCUUUCUUCGGGAAGUUCAUGACGCUCAAGAGAUCCGCAGGAAGCUCCUUCUGAAUCUGAUGCUGUCUGAUGUACCUGGCAUAUCAGAGGGCGAAAAGCGCAGGCUAUUGCACUGUGUUGUUGUUGGAGGUGGUCCAACAGGGGUUGAAUUUAGUGGGGAACUUAGUGAUUUCAUCACCAGAGAUGUGAAAGAACGUUACUCACAUGUGAAAGAUUAUGUCCAUGUGACCCUGAUUGAGGCAAAUGAGAUAUUGUCAUCAUUCGAUGUUCGCCUCAGGCAGUAUGCUGUAAACCAACUAGUUAAGUCAGGUGUUAGGCUUGUACGAGGAAUCGUGAAGGAUGUACAACCCGACAAAUUAAUCCUGGACAAUGGAGAAGAGGUUCCUUAUGGUUUGCUGGUAUGGUCUACUGGGGUUGGUGCUUCAUCAUUCGUCAAGUCAUUGCCAUUUCCCAAGUCACACGGAGGAAGGAUCGGUGUAGAUGAGUGGUUACGUGUUCCUUCUGUCCCAGAUGUAUUUGCUAUUGGUGAUUGCUGUGGAUUCCUUGAAAGCACCGGCAAGGAAGUUCUCCCAGCCUUAGCUCAGGUUGCCGAGCGGCAAGGCUUGUACCUCGCUCGCCUGCUCAACCGUGUGAUGAAAGCUGGAGGAGGGCACGCAAAUUCCCAGGUCGAAGUCGAUCUAGGUCCAAAGUUUGUGUAUAAGCAUCUAGGGAGUAUGGCAACCGUUGGAAGGUACAAAGCUCUGGUGGACCUGAGGCAAAGCUCAGGAGUCAAACUGAGCGUGUCUUUUCCCUAUUCGCAGGACUCGAAGGGCAUAUCCAUUGCAGGAUUUGCAAGCUGGUUCAUCUGGCGCUCAGCGUACCUGACUCGUGUUGUCAGCUGGAGAAAUAGGCUCUAUGUGGCUAUCAACUGGCUGACCACGAUGAUAUUCGGCCGUGACAUAAGCCGUAUCUAG